UAUUUCAAUUCAAACAAAAUGGCAGCGCCCUAUGAUCAACCACCCGUGUAGUUGGACUGAACCGAACAUCAGUUUAAAAAAAAGUAACGUGCUGCAUUAAAAUUCAGAGGUAUGGCUGCUGCGGGUAAGCCAUCAAAAAAAGAAAGCAAGAAGUACAUUCCGACCAAGACCUCCUUCACUUCACCAUUCACUCCAAAAUGGGGCCCACUCCCCCAAGAAGACAUGCAUUUUAUCCUGAACACAGUGAAGGACAAGCUGGUUUCCAUGGGCCUUGAGAAGAAAGAGGUGAAAGUGUUUCGCCCGUGGAGGAAAAAGAAAGACCCGAAACCUGCUGCCACACCAGAGCCUGUUCCCCAGGUCAGUGAGGUGCAGGUGAAGGCUGCUCCUAAAAACGGCUGGACAGAUGUGGCAGCUAGGAGACAACUGGCCAUCGGGGUCAACGAGGUCACCAAAGCUCUAGAGAGGAACGAGCUCAGACUGUUGCUUGUGUGUAAGUCCGUGAAGCCUAAACACAUGACGGACCACCUGAUCUCGCUGAGUGCAACGAGAGGUGUGCCGGCCUGCCAGGUGCCUCGUCUGAGCCAGAGCGUGUCGGAGCCGCUGGGCCUGAAGAGUGUCCUCGCUCUGGGAUUCAGACAUUGUGCCUCCAAAGAUGACGAGGUGUUCACUGACACUGUUGAGGCCAUUACACCCAGAGUGCCCUCCCUGGAUGUGGCAUGGCUACAAGGUGCAUCACCCAGAGUAACAUCUGUAGACCCUGUUGAUAUGGAGGAGAAGGAAGAAGAUGGCCAGAAGAAGGGCCAAAAAAGGAAACUAGAGAGUGAAACUGUGGCGGUCACAGAGUCUACCUCCUCCUACACUCUGCAACCUCUCAAAGUAAAAAAAAUAGUUGCCAACCCUGCAAAGAAAAUAAAAAAGGCUAUUCAGCGUAAAACAGACUCUGCCUAGAUAUAAAAAAGACCAUUCCUAUGAUUUUGCAUGUUUAGUCUGAGUUGUAUCUUGGAUUUUUAGCGGCCUGAAGAGUAUAAGAAAAUCUCACCUCCUGUGUGAAUCAGGUGUUUCAGAUCAAUUGCUAAAACUAAAAAUAUCACUAGUUUUAGUUUUAUUUUGGAUUUUCCUGACAUAUUGGUCAGCCAUAGGUUUAUAAUCAUGUUUGCCAGGACUUGAAACUGGCUUGAGAUAAUUGUGUAAUUCAUUACAAAUAAAGAAGUUGACAUGUGUUGGAAUUAGCAACCCUGAGAAAAGUAAGGCUCUGUUGUGUUCCAUUGAAAUUAAAGUAUCAAUCGACCGGUUGCUGCAUGGAGGGUCGGAAAAGUUAAGUUAUUUAGUUUAUCAUCUAACUGGCCUGCCGUUUACAUGACUUAAAAUCACUUCUUUCAAAUGUUAGGAACUGGUAUGACAAACCGAUUUUUUUUGGGGUGACAUCUCAUUAGCCAGAAACAGGCAUAACAUAAGAUGUUUUUGUGUUUCUGAAUUAAACCAACUAAACUGGGUGAGAAUUAUUAGUUGUGUUCUUUAGUAAAUAUGACUGUCAAACAUUUCAGACCAAAAUAAAGAAAAUGUUUUUGGGCAGUCUAUUUAAUAUUUCAAACAAAAGUGCAUUACUCCUGUCCGUUUUUAAAGUGAGUUUAUUCAAUCAAAUAUCCAUGCUGGUAUAGCCGACUUGUGUUGAAACAGAUUGUUAUUUGCAUGGGGAUCAUGUCUUAAAUGAUGCUGGUAAAGGUUCUUCAGCUUUUUCACAGCUUACAAUGGAUUUGAAUAAAAAAUAUUGUUCUUCAGUUAGAGAAAGCUGUAUGUCAUUUCAAAAGUACCCUCCUACCCAGAAUUCUUAAUUUAAAAAACAAAACAUCUUUAAAUAAGGCAGGUACUUCGGGUUGAGUUCUCACUAAAGGGCGUGGCUCGUAACAUCAACGCUAAAAAUCACAGCAGCAAAACUGACAUGCUCGAAGUUCAUUCAAACAGCUGCAGGCAACACAUCUGUGACACAACCAACAUCCAUGAGGCACGUCGUUGACUCAGUGUUAAAUAAAGCCGAUAACAUCUGUCUUUGUCAACUCAUUGAACCUUUCAAUUGUUAAAAAAAACACAUCUUUGAGCCCUGAAGCACUGACUGUCCAUCGGUUGUCCCUUUCUUGCUAAUAUAUAAAGGAAUGAGAAAAGAAUUACAUCACAUACAGAAAAGGUAACCACAAAGAUGGCAGCAGCCUUUACCUCUUGUGUUAUGCAGAGCCACAUGAACAGGAGCAUCAAACACAAAGUAACAAACUCAGAGCAAGACAAUAAAACAAAAAUAAUGUUAACCUUUGAGUACCGCAGCAGCUCCGGCCCAGAACAAGUGCUCUAUCCGUUUUUCAUCAAAGAUCUCCAUCGCUCAGUCAAGCACAGGGCAACGCUAAAUACUCCAAACCCUCAAAAAUCAGUUUCAAAGUUUCCUAUUAAACUGAAAAAUCUUGCGGGGAAAAAACAGGAAUUGUCUUAAGACAUGUUGCAAAGUACAAUUAUAAAUACCAGAACUGUUCAAAUAAUUUUCAUUUAGCUGCACAACACAUUAAAAAAAUGACCAACAGUAUAUUUUUCAGACACACAAAAACAGUACCAUUUAAAAAAAUAACCUGGAAAAGUUCAAAUUUCAAAUCGAUGCGCUUACUGACACAGGCUUUUGUUUAUCCAGCCACUGUGCUCUGAAAACAUGCUGUUUAUUCUCCAGAUACUUUACAUGUUGUGAUCAGUUCUAUUUGUCAUACUUAACCGAGUUAAACAUCCUACAUCAAGUGAAGGAACUGAUGGUUUAUUUACCUUUAAUCAACAGAAAUGUUUAAGUGCUGUAUUUCUUGCAAAAGGCAGCUGAAAGUAAGAAGCAGUUUCUCUGUGAGUGGCAAUGACUAACUUAACAAAAGAAAACUAACCUUGGCUGCUUUCUAGAAGACUUAACUGGGAACAAUUUUCAAAGUAGGUAAGCCAUAGUUCUGCUUUAAAAGUGUCUCUGGACAAUAACAGACUGUUUUUGAUUUUAUUUUUUGAUUAAAUCUGAAUCAGGCUGAG